GCGCGCCGCGUUACGCGGAAUGCCGGAGAUAUCCCUCCGCGCGUCGGUGGCGGCGGUGUCGGCGCACGGGGGGCGGGGGGAGCGGUUCCGCGCACAUCGAAGCAGCGGGCGGCAGCAGCAGCAGCAGCGGCUCUCUUCCCCAACGCCUCCCUACAAACUCUGCCAUCAUAGCUAGCUCUGUCUCUCUCGCUCUUGCAGGCGAGCAAGCGGUGAAAAGAAAGGAUCGUGGACGUUCAACGCAGACAGCGGCAGACAGCGGCAGCAUCAGAGUCGUCACCGCUGCUCGCUUCAUGGCUCCACCGCCGCGCACGGAGCCGGGCGGGCGCGAGUGACUCCCGGAUGAUUUUACCGUCACCUCGUCACUAACGCCAUCGUCGUCGUCGUCGUCAUCAUCUCGUCCGCGGGUGGGAACGGCGGUCACGAGUGGCUGCCCCCCCCCCCUCCCUCCAUCGCCUCUUCGACCAUCGUCUCGGUCGGCAACCUCCAUCGCCUCGCUCCCACGUUCACCCACCAUCACCUCCUCAAUCUUCUUCAUCUCUCUCCGUCGUCACCCCCUCGCCUCCACCGCCUUCAUCCCUGACCGACGGGGAGUGGUGACGGAGGGCAAGCGGGUCCCCUCUCCCAUCACCACCUCCAUCAUCAUCCUCCAUCCCAGCACCCCACGUCCAUCAUCACCGCAUCACCCUCCAUCAUCGUGCUCCUCCUUCCACCUCCAUCCCAGCACCGGUGAAGAAGAAGGAGGAGGACGAGGAGGACGAGGAGGAGGAGGUUACCCAGGCUGAACCCUUCGCCAUGGGCUCUUGCGAGAAGGACUUCGCCUCCACGGCGGCCGAGGGGCCACUGCGGCUGAGGCGGUCGGGCCCCGGGGCCCAGGACGUGAGGCUGGGGGGGUCCCGGGGGGUCGCUCUGCACGGGGGGGGGCCCCCCUCCGGGGUGCCCCGAGAGUUCGAGGCCGCGGGGCCCGGUGGGUACCCCUCGGGGCCCGGUGGGUACCCGGUGGGGCACGGUGGGUACCCCCCCGCGGGGCCCGGGGACGUCGCGGCCGUGCUCGCGGGACUCCGCAUCUACGGCGACGGCGGGCACGGCAGGUAUUCCCAGGAGAGCAAGCGCGCCAGUCUGGGCGCCUCCUACGACACUUCCACGCGCAUUGGCGGCGGCAACGGAAUGGCGAUGCCGGGCGGCCCCUCGUCACUCCAGGACCCUCGGCUCGCCGGCAGCCCUCGCUCCAGCCUGGGCCUGCAGCCGUCCGAUCAUCCUCACGGCCUGCCUAGCCCGCGCGGCUCCUACACGGGCCCGUUCGACAAGUACGCCAGCCCGCGCUCCAGCCUCGUGCUGGCACCGGGCUCUCUGUACGCGAGCCAGCGCGACGACGCGGCGGGCGCGGCCCCCGGCAGCGCCCGUUCCAGCCUGGGCUACGGCGGCGAGCUGCCGGCCAGCCCGCGCGCCAGCCUCAUCGGUCACUCCGCGGAAGCGGCGGGUGGUGCGGCCGCCGCUGUUGCCGCGGCCGCGGCGGCCGCGGCUGCUGCGGUGACGGUCGGCGGCAGCAACCGCACGAGCGGGAUCAGCAUGGGCUAUGACGACCGUUGCCCCGCGAUGAGCCCGCGCUCCAGCACGGGCAGCCAGUACUCGCACGCUGUCAGCCCGCGCGAGAGCUACACCAACUACACGGGCGACUUCGACGCCUUCCGCGUGCCGCACGGCCUCCACGCGGGUGCCGGACACGUGGGUCUGCAGCAGCUGCAGCAGCAGCAGCACCAGCAGCAGCACCAGCAGUACCAGCAGCAGUACCAGCAGCAGCACCAGCAGCAACAGUACCAGCACCCGUUCCACGCCGUGGUCAGCCCGCGCUCAAGUCUGUCGAGCCACAGCUCGCGCAGUUCCCGGGGUUCUGGCGCCGGCUACCCCGAGCUGCAGCUGCCAUCACCGCGCUCCUCGCUGGGCCACGAGGAGGCGGUGCCCGUUCCCGUGGAGACGGCGCAGAUGCUGGCGUGCACGCCGUUCAGCCAGCAGAAGGCCUACGCCGCCCACCCGCUCACGAUGUCAGGAAUGGGCGAGCAGGUGGGGCUGCCUCCCCACCGCGGCGCACCCGGCCUCCUGGAGGCGCCGGGCGGCGGGGACGCGACGGCCGCCGAGCGCAAGCUGGAGGCCCUGACGCGGCAGAUCGAGUUGGAGAUGGAGGCGCAGACGAAGGCCGAGUACUUUGGCAUGUGCGUCAAGUGCAACAAGGGGGUGUACGGCUCCAGCCAGGCGUGCCAAGCCAUGGGCAACCUCUACCACACGUCGUGCUUCACUUGCAGCUCCUGCGGUCGGACACUCCGGGGAAAGGCCUUCUACAACGUGACUGGAAAAAUAUACUGCGAGGAAGACUAUCUGUACUCGGGCUUCCAGCAGAGCGCGGAAAAGUGCUACGGCUGCGGACACCUCAUCAUGGAGAUGAUCCUGCAGGCGCUGGGGCGGUCGUACCACCCGGGCUGCUUCCGCUGCGUGGUCUGCAACAAGUGCCUGGACGGCGUCCCCUUCACCGUGGACGUGGAGAACAAGAUCUACUGCGUGCGCGACUACCACAAGAUGUUUGCUCCGAGGUGCAACGCCUGUGGCCAGCCCAUCCUGCCAGCCCAGGACACUGAAGAGACCAUACGGGUGGUGUCCAUGGACAACGAUUACCACGUGGAGUGCUACCACUGUGAAGACUGCAGCCUGCAGCUGAGCGACGAGGAGGGGCACCGCUGCUACCCGUUGGACGGGCGGCUGCUGUGCCACGGCUGCCACCUGAAGCGCCUGCGUGGGCAGACGGAGCUCCGUGCCACCAUCCACUGAGCGCCGCCACCUCCCCGCACGGCCACCUGAGACUACGCAGCUCUCCGUCGCUUCCUCCGUUUACGCGUUCACCGAAACCCCUCCCACCUUCUUCCCCGAGAGCCCGGGUCCGCCGGAUGGCGAGCGUAUCGCAAAUGCGCUGAAGCUGAAGCGUCUGGAAAGCAGAGACGAUUUGUAAGGGCCAGCCUCCACGAGGGGGUUGGAGCCCCCUCCUACAACCGGCUGCUUCGCAGGCCCACGGCGAGCCGCGUGGCAAGCCCGGCUCGCGAGGCAGUCCGCUAGCGAGGGCCACGGCCGGUUUCUCGCACUGUGACAGCAACGACGGCGACGACGAUUGGCUGGUGGGGGCGCCGUUGAGGUUUUCGGAACCCCGCCGGUCUGACCGUGCAUCCUGAGGCUCGGAAGAGUUGGCACGGAGGUGUCAGCGGCGCGACCGUCGAGGGCGCGAUGCGGAAGCGCGCACGUGCGAGCGGGCCGUCGUGCAUAGGUGGCCAUGUCGGCGCGUUCAAAUGUCUAAGCAGUUUAAACGUGCCGAAGCGGGACCGCCGUGGCUGCGUUUUGAGGCCGUGUUCGAAUAUCAAAAACAGUUGCCGUCGGGAGCAGCAGCAGCCGGGCUGACGCUGCUAUACCACUCCCCCCCCCCUCCCCCCGUAGGUCAGAGUGUGUUUCCAUCAUUCCCUCCUCUUGCAGGAUCGUAAAAGCUGCGUCGUAACGCAGGCGUAAGCAAGCUGCGUGUGCGCGGUGAUACUGCAGCUGCCGCCCCCGCAGUGCUUGUGAUUAGAAAGAGUGUUACUCACGCCAGCGGUAGGAACUCUCUCGUUUGUUUAAAACACUUCUGCAAGGUCACCGCCGCCGCGUGAUUACGUUGCAGCAAGCUGAACGAUAGCCAACACCCCCUGUUGGCGCCGUCGCUAUCACUGUCGAUUUCGUCAUCGCGAUUUCUCACGUUGGCCCGAGAGUGGGAGUUGGCACGUUCAGUCCGAGCAGGCCAACAAAAACAACAAAUCCAUUCGCUUUUAGUUGUGAGGAUUCCAAGAAAGGUGGUUGUUAGCGUUAACAAAAAACAGUCGUUGCCUUAUAUUUAAUGUAUUGUCAGCUUUUGUGAGCAUCCUGCCCAUCAGUGCAGUUAACUUAAGAUUACAACUUGAUUCAAAUAUCGAAGGAAACAAAUAUUGGUGUUGCAAGAUGUUAACUUGGCAUCUGCUGUCUCAACACUUGUGUAACUGCGCAGACCCAGAGAUGGGCAAUGCAAAGUUCUGAGUCCGAGGGUGCCACAGUGGUGAGAUGUUAACUACCUCGCCUGGUAUACAGGAGGUCGUGGGUUCAAUCCCGACCCUGAAGCCUGCUGUAUAUUUGCAGUUUGCAAGUUCUUUCCGUGGUCGCAUGGACUUUUUUCCGGGUCCUCUGGUUUUUUCCCCUCCACAUUCAAAAUCGACGUGCGUUUAGGGUAUUUGACUGCUAUAAAUUUCCACAUGAUCAUAAGCCACUGCGUUCAGCUAUCAUUUGUGAAAGCCAGGUCGCUUCUGGAAAAAUAGCUCUACAGCUCAGUGGGCCUUACCUGGUAAACUAAAAAGAUAGUUUAUAUUAUAGUUAUAGACUGGGUGCUGGUCUGAAUACAAUGUUGUAACUGCCCGAUUAAUUGCUACGCCCUUACCAACCAAGGACUCUUUGACUGUCAAGCCUUGCGCGUACAGACCCUCUUCGCAUUCUUACCAAAGUCCGAAUGUGACUGGCGCAGUUAAUCCUUUUGCAGUGUUUCAACAAAGCCAGAAGAUCAGAAGCAACAGAAUAAUAAUAUUUACUUGUACUGGACUGGAGGAAUCCGAUGAGCUAUGAAGCUCAUUUUCACAGAUGUCCAUUCGGGGAGGAUCAGAAAGUUAAAAUAACAAACUGUACAAAAACACGAUCGGAGUCCAAAAUAUAGGUAAGGUAAGCAAAUCACAAAAAAUUUGUUAUGUUAAACUAAACUAUAUUCUACCAGGUAAGGCCCACUGAGCAAUUAGCUUCUAUUUCAGACAGCGACCUGGCCACAAACGAUAGCUCAACAAAGCAGCUUAACAUCGCGCGACCACGCAUGGCUUACGCGCGAGCUGUUCCCCAACGUUAUUAAAACUCGGUGUGUGCAAAAUGAACACGGGUAACUAUUGGAACAAAAAAAACAACAACCCUGUUUGCUCUUGCGCAAGCCACUCUCUCAAAUGAGGGGCGUGCCGUAUACAUUCCCAACGGCCUCGCGUAUUUAGCAAAAUAGUUUCCCGUAUUGGAGCGAAGUCUCUUGCAGGAAGCCAGGUUUUGUACGAUUUGCACCGUGGCGUUUUUUUUUUUGAUCGCUCGCAGUUUCAACGAUCGUUGAAACUUGCCGUUUGAAACCGUCAGCGGUGGCGAUUCUUUGAAGAAUCAGGCGCAGUGUUCCCCCGUUCAUUUCGCGAGGGAUACAUUCCGGAGGUGCUCGUGAACAGCACAUUUUUUGCGGAUAAGCUUUCUUUCAUCCGGCUGAUGUGGAUGGAGAGCAACGACUACAUUGAAGGUGGUCAUUAAUGAUAUUGGCUGACUAACCCUUACCUUAAAUAAAAACGUAAAUAUGCUAUUAAAUACGGGAAAAUUAUUUCAUCACUUUGUCUCAUCACUUGAUCUCAUCAAUUUCACUAAUCACAUUCCCUCUCAUCACUUUAUCUCUCAUCACUUUAUCUCUCAUCACUUUAUCUCUCUCGUUGCAGUGGUCGUGUCAGAGUUCUAGAUGCAAUUUGCGGAUAGCCAAAAUCGUGGAUAGCAAGUUCAUGAAUAACGAGGGAAUACUGAAUUUUGCUCUAUACGAGGCCGAAACAGGAUGACGUCUUCAAAAUUCUGACGAACCACCCGAUGAAGCUGGUUGUAAUCACCAGAGAAACAUCCCAGUACUAAAAUUGUAGAUGAUGUGGGGUUUACUAUCCCAAGUGGGAACUAAUUGACACGUUUUGUUUACGUGCCAACCCCUUAUUUAAUUGGCCGUGUCGGGGGUGGUGGUGGCGGCGGGGUUUAACGACACGUUUUAUAUUUACCGCGAUCUGAACCCCAACAACACAAAGCCGAGGGAAUACCGUGUUGUCGAACGGCUUCAGCGCUCACCACCCAAGGUGGCGGCCAGGUCGUAUGCCCGGGAAAUGUAUCACCCUGAACAGAGCGCCCCCCUCAUUUAAGCUGCUACAGCUUUUUGUUUGUCAAGGGCCGACAAAAAUUACCGUUUUUUUUUGUUAGUCAGUGCCAGCGUCCACAUCUUUUUGGUCCUUACGUUCUCGCCCGUAGGCUUUCGCGAGCAAUAUUACAGCGGCUCGUCGUCGAUUUACGUUUGGGUUAAAUGGUGCGGGUAAUAAUGCCGAUGGUUCAGCUGGUAUACCCCUUCGUCACCGGACGGAGCCGAUGGAACAGAUUUUGUUGCGUUUGUCAGAUGUUCGUGACUAUUUAUGAAAGGUAAUUAUUCCGUAUGUUAGUCCUACGGACGCUGGCAUCAACUCACAAAAGUGAGGUUUUACCAAGUUACAAAACCACCUGCUUUAAAAAAAAAACUAUUUAAUGAUACUAUUAUCUUAAACACAAUUGUGUACAUCCAUGCUGAGUGGCCAUGCCCAAAGUAUAACUUGGGGAGAAAAAAAAACAUCUGCGUCGGAUUUAUUUUUCACUGUGGAUAAUUUUGCAGCGUAUCUCUUCGUUAAGUCGCAGCGCGCCGACACAUUUCGAGAGGGUUCUUUGAAACAUUUCAAAAAAAUAGCUGCAAGAUUUCAAAACAUUUCAUCCGUUUGGCUCGAUGCGACUCUUCGUCUGAAGGGUCCCUUCUCUCGUCCUGGUGAUAAUGAGCGUCGACAAAAACUGAAGUUUGUGGUUUGCGAGAGGAGCUACUCGUCAGCUUCGCGUGGGAAACAUUUAGAAACAGGUCAAAGCAGAGGCAUCCCCUAGGGUGGACGGCGAAUCGGGGUGACUGCCCUGGGCCCCACGCUUUGGGGGGGCCCUGGGUCCCGGGCCCCACGCUUUGGGGGGCCCCAGGCCCUGUGCUUUGGGGGGCUCCGCGCUUUUACAUCACGGUGUCAGAUGUAAUACUUCCGGUUUAGUUUGAAGGUGUCGGGGUGGAGAGGGGGGGGCCCACACAGUGUGGCUUUCGGCCCGGGCCCCACACACCCCCUCCCAUUGGACGGCCCUGCGGUCAAGCGACGAUGCCCGUCUUGUUACGCACGCAGCUCUUUGCCGGCGUUGUUGACGAGUGUGCCCCCUUCCAUUGAACGGAAGGAGAAAUGGCCACGGCACGGCCGCUAGUUUUUUUGAAAGAGAAUCAAAACGGUCAAUCAAGGCCUAGGGACUUUUUUGUAACGUAAGUUCUAUGAAAGAGCAGAAGGUUUCAAAUGAACGUUACGGAUUAAAAGCCCGCGAGACACCUUCCCAGUAGUGAACGUCCCAACAACGUUGGUGCCGACGCGGCCGGAACCAUUGGGGGCGCGAGAGAUCGUCGGCUCAACGUUUGGCAGCAACGUUGGGCCCAAAACGGCCGCACGUUUACUGGGCGGCUGCUUCAAAUCAAAUUGCGACAACGCGGUUGUCGUGAACUCAUUCUCGCGGCAUUCUUAUCGCAACAAGCGACCGGUUAACAGCGCUCCCACCGCUGCUCGCAAAACUCAAAGUUGUAACUGUGGGCGGCAUUUGUAUGGGU